GGAGGGAGGAGACGGUCGGUUGGCGGUUUCCCCUUCUCUUCCCCGACCGGUCCCCAUCGCUCCAUUGUCCCCGCCAUGUCGGAGGGCGGCGGCGGCGAGGACGGCUCGUCGGGCCUGGAGGUGUCGGCGGUGCAGAACGUGGCCGACGUGGCCGUGCUGCAGAAACACCUGCGCAAGCUGGUGCCGCUGCUCCUCGAAGAUGGGGGCGACGCCCCCGCCGCCCUGGAGGCCGCCCUGGAGGAGAAGAGCGCCCUGGAGCAGAUGCGCAAAUUCCUCUCCGAUCCGCAGGUCCACACCGUCCUGGUGGAGAGGUCCACCCUCAAAGAGGAUGUUGGUGAUGAAGGAGAAGAGGAAAAAGAAUUUAUUUCCUAUAACAUCAACAUUGACAUUCAUUAUGGGCUAAAGUCCAAUAGUUUGGCAUUCAUUAAGCGUACUCCAGUAAUUGAUGCCGAUAAGCCAGUUUCUUCACAACUGCGAGUUCUCACACUCAGUGAAGACUCUCCUUAUGAAACACUGCACUCUUUCAUUAGUAAUGCAGUGGCUCCAUUUUUUAAAUCCUACAUCAGGGAGUCUGGCAAGGCAGAUAGGGAUGGUGACAAAAUGGCUCCUUCAGUUGAGAAAAAGAUUGCAGAACUUGAAAUGGGAUUGCUUCAUUUGCAACAGAAUAUUGAAAUUCCAGAAAUAAGUUUGCCGAUUCAUCCAAUUAUUACAAAUGUGGCAAAGCAGUGCUAUGAACGUGGAGAAAAGCCAAAAGUGACUGACUUUGGAGAUAAGGUUGAAGACCCCACUUUUCUCAACCAGUUGCAGUCUGGGGUUAACCGCUGGAUUCGAGAAAUUCAAAAAGUGACCAAACUAGACCGUGAUCCCGCAUCAGGAACUGCCUUGCAGGAAAUCAGUUUUUGGCUAAAUUUGGAACGUGCUUUGUACCGUAUUCAGGAAAAGCGGGAAAGUCCAGAAGUUCUUUUAACACUAGAUAUUCUGAAGCAUGGCAAACGCUUCCAUGCCACAGUCAGCUUUGACACAGACACAGGUCUGAAACAAGCUUUGGAAACUGUCAAUGACUACAAUCCACUGAUGAAAGACUUCCCUCUAAACGACUUGCUCUCUGCUACUGAGCUUGACAAAAUAAGGCAGGCACUAGUUGCAAUAUUCACUCAUCUGAGAAAAAUCAGAAAUACAAAAUAUCCUAUUCAACGGGCACUACGCCUAGUGGAGGCAAUUUCAAGAGACCUGAGCUCUCAACUACUGAAGGUGUUAGGAACCAGAAAACUGAUGCAUGUGGCUUAUGAAGAAUUUGAAAAGGUAAUGGUUGCGUGCUUUGAAGUCUUCCAAACUUGGGAUGAUGAGUAUGAAAAGCUUCAGGUGUUGCUGAGAGAUAUUGUGAAAAGGAAAAGAGAAGAAAAUCUGAAGAUGGUAUGGCGUAUUAACCCUGCCCACAGAAAGCUUCAGUCUCGUCUUGACCAAAUGAGAAAAUUCAGGCGUCAGCAUGAACAACUGAGAGCUGUUAUUGUCAGAGUCUUAAGGCCACAGGUCACUGCAGUUGCCCAGCAGAACCAGGGAGAUGUGCCUGAACCCCAGGAUAUGAAAGUAGCCGAAGUCCUCUUUGAUGCUGCUGAUGCCAAUGCCAUUGAAGAAGUUAACCUUGCUUAUGAAAAUGUCAAGGAGGUUGAUGGCCUAGACGUUUCCAAAGAGGGUACAGAAGCAUGGGAGGCAGCAAUGAAGAGAUACGAUGAAAGAAUCGAUAGGGUAGAAACAAGAAUCACUGCUCGCCUCAGAGAUCAACUUGGUACAGCGAAGAAUGCUAAUGAGAUGUUCAGAAUCUUCUCCAGAUUCAAUGCUCUCUUUGUCCGGCCUCACAUUCGUGGUGCCAUUCGUGAGUAUCAAACACAGCUGAUCCAGCGUGUAAAAGAUGACAUCGAGUCUCUCCAUGACAAGUUUAAAGUUCAGUAUCCGCAAAGUCAGGCUUGUAAAAUGAGUCACGUUCGUGAUCUGCCUCCUGUGUCUGGGUCCAUCAUCUGGGCCAAACAGAUUGACCGUCAGCUGACUGCCUACAUGAAACGUGUUGAAGAUGUUCUUGGCAAAGGUUGGGAGAACCACGUUGAAGGUCAGAAGCUGAAGCAGGAUGGAGACAGUUUCCGCAUGAAGCUCAACACGCAAGAAAUAUUUGAUGACUGGGCCAGGAAAGUACAGCAGCGCAACCUUGGGGUUUCUGGCCGGAUUUUCACCAUCGAAAGCACUCGUGUGAGAGGCCGAACUGGGAAUGUCCUCAAAUUAAAAGUGAAUUUCCUCCCUGAAAUAAUAACGCUCUCAAAAGAAGUUCGCAACCUCAAAUGGCUAGGCUUCCGUGUCCCCCUAGCAAUUGUGAACAAGGCUCAUCAGGCCAACCAGCUCUAUCCGUUUGCCAUCUCUCUGAUUGAAAGUGUCCGCACAUAUGAACGGACUUGUGAAAAAGUGGAAGAGCGUAAUACCAUCUCACUCCUCGUAGCUGGUCUGAAAAAAGAAGUUCAAGCAUUGAUUGGAGAAGGAAUUGCAUUGGUGUGGGAGUCUUACAAACUUGACCCUUACGUCCAACGGUUAGCUGAGGCUGUCUUCAAUUUCCAAGAAAAGGUUGAUGAUCUUCUGAUUAUUGAAGAAAAAAUAGACCUUGAAGUUCGCUCUUUGGAAACAUGCAUGUAUGAUCACAAGACUUUCUCAGAAAUCUUGAACAGAGUCCAAAAAGCUGUUGAUGACUUAAAUCUUCAUUCAUAUUCCAACUUGCCCAUUUGGGUGAACAAACUGGAUAUGGAGAUUGAAAGAAUAUUAGGGGUUCGUCUGCAAGCUGGUCUGAGGGCUUGGACACAGGUACUUCUUGGUCAGGCAGAUGAUAAAGCAGAAGUUGACAUGGAUACAGAUGCUCCACAAGUCAGUCACAAACCUGGUGGAGAGCCAAAGAUCAAAAAUGUCAUUCAUGAACUAAGGAUAACCAACCAGGUCAUCUAUUUGAAUCCACCAAUUGAAGAAUGCAGAUACAAACUUUAUCAGGAAAUGUUUUCAUGGAAGAUGGUGAUAUUGUCACUUCCUAGAAUUCAGUCUCAGAGGUAUCAGGUGGGGGUGCAUUAUGAAUUGUCUGAAGAAGAAAAGUUUUACCGAAAUGCUUUAACCCGGAUGCCUGAUGGCCCUUCAGCUCUUGAAGAGUCAUAUUCUGCGGUCAUGGGGAUUGUUUCUGAAGUAGAACAAUAUGUCAAGGUGUGGCUUCAGUAUCAGUGUUUAUGGGAUAUGCAAGCUGAAAACAUUUAUAAUCGCCUUGGAGAAGAUCUAAAUAAAUGGCAAGCCCUUUUGGUGCAGAUAAGGAAAGCCAGAGGAACUUUUGACAAUGCAGAAACCAAGAAAGAGUUUGGACCAGUAGUCAUAGACUAUGGCAAGGUCCAAUCUAAAGUCAACUUGAAAUAUGAUUCUUGGCAUAAAGAGGUUCUCAGCAAAUUUGGACAGAUGCUGGGGCAGAACAUGACAGAAUUCCAUUCUCAAAUAUCCAAGUCUCGGCAAGAAUUAGAACAGCAUUCUGUUGAUACAGCUAGCACAUCCGAUGCAGUGACAUUUAUCACAUAUGUACAGUCUUUGAAACGCAAGAUCAAGCAGUUUGAGAAACAAGUUGAACUCUACCGCAAUGGCCAGCGCCUGCUUGAAAAGCAGAGGUUCCAGUUUCCUCCGUCUUGGUUAUAUAUUGAUAAUAUUGAAGGUGAAUGGGGAGCUUUCAAUGAUAUCAUGCGCCGUAAGGAUUCUGCUAUUCAACAGCAAGUAGCCAACCUGCAAAUGAAGAUUGUCCAAGAGGACCGAGCGGUGGAAAGCCGCACUACAGACCUCCUGACUGACUGGGAGAAAACCAAGCCUGUAACCGGCAACCUACGUCCGGAGGAGGCUCUUCAGGCACUUACCAUUUAUGAAGGGAAGUUUGGACGGCUAAAGGAUGAUCGCGAGAAAUGUGCGAAGGCCAAGGAAGCACUAGAAUUGACAGAUACAGGACUGCUCAGUGGCAGUGAAGAACGUGUGCAGGUGGCUUUGGAAGAAUUGCAGGAUCUCAAAGGUGUUUGGUCUGAGCUUUCUAAAGUUUGGGAGCAGAUUGAUCAAAUGAAGGAACAGCCGUGGGUUUCAGUACAGCCUCGUAAGCUUCGACAAAAUUUGGAUGCACUUCUGAACCAGCUGAAAAACUUUCCUGCACGUUUGCGGCAAUAUGCUUCUUAUGAAUUUGUUCAGAGGCUUCUGAAAGGCUAUAUGAAGAUAAACAUGUUGGUGAUUGAGCUGAAGUCUGAAGCACUUAAAGAUCGCCAUUGGAAGCAGUUGAUGAAAAGGCUUCAUGUUAACUGGGUCGUAUCUGAGCUAACGCUGGGACAAAUCUGGGAUGUUGAUUUGCAGAAAAAUGAAGCAAUUGUCAAAGAUGUGCUACUUGUAGCACAGGGAGAAAUGGCUUUGGAAGAAUUUUUGAAACAGAUAAGGGAAGUGUGGAACACUUAUGAAUUAGAUUUAGUCAACUAUCAGAACAAAUGUCGCCUGAUUCGUGGAUGGGAUGAUCUCUUCAACAAGGUCAAAGAGCACAUCAACAGUGUUUCUGCUAUGAAGUUAUCACCAUAUUACAAGGUAUUUGAAGAAGAUGCAUUGAGCUGGGAAGACAAAUUGAAUCGUAUCAUGGCUCUCUUUGAUGUAUGGAUUGAUGUCCAGAGACGGUGGGUCUACCUAGAGGGGAUCUUUACUGGAAGUGCUGAUAUCAAGCAUCUUCUGCCAGUGGAAACUCAAAGAUUCCAAAGCAUCAGUACAGAGUUUUUGGCUCUGAUGAAAAAAGUAUCCAAAUCUCCUCUUGUGAUGGAUGUUCUUAACAUCCAGGGUGUACAAAGGUCUCUGGAGAGAUUGGCAGACUUGCUUGGAAAGAUCCAAAAGGCACUAGGAGAAUACCUGGAAAGAGAGAGAUCAUCCUUCCCCAGGUUCUACUUCGUUGGUGAUGAAGAUUUGCUUGAGAUCAUCGGAAACAGCAAGAACGUAGCUAAACUGCAGAAGCAUUUCAAGAAGAUGUUCGCUGGAGUUUCUAGCAUCAUCCUAAAUGAGGAUAACUCUGUUGUUUUGGGCAUCUCAUCACGCGAAGGAGAAGAGGUGAUGUUUAAGAGUCCAGUGUCAAUCACAGAGCAUCCUAAAAUCAAUGAGUGGCUCACGCUAGUGGAGAAGGAAAUGCGGGUCACCCUAGCCAAACUACUUGCCGAGUCGGUUACAGAAGUGGAGAUCUUUGGGAAAGCAACUUCAAUAGAUCCAACUACCUAUAUCACUUGGAUCGACAAAUACCAGGCACAGCUUGUUGUUUUGUCAGCCCAGAUAGCAUGGUCUGAAAAUGUAGAGGCUGCUCUGAGUGCUGUUGGAGGUGGAGGUGACUCUGCUUCUCUGCAGUCUGUGCUGACUAAUGUUGAAGUUACUCUGAAUGUGUUGGCAGACUCUGUGCUGAUGGAACAGCCCCCACUCCGCCGGAGGAAGUUGGAACACCUGAUUACAGAGUUAGUGCACCAAAGAGAUGUUACAAGAUCAUUGAUCAAAAGCAAGAUUGACAACUCUAAAUCCUUCGAGUGGCUCAGCCAGAUGCGAUUCUACUUUGAUCCCAAGCAAACUGAUGUUCUGCAGCAGCUGUCUAUUCAAAUGGCAAAUGCCAAAUUUAAUUAUGGCUUUGAGUACCUUGGAGUUCAGGAUAAACUAGUACAGACACCUCUUACUGACCGUUGCUACCUGACAAUGACGCAAGCCUUAGAGGCGAGACUUGGGGGUUCUCCAUUUGGGCCAGCUGGAACUGGUAAAACAGAAUCAGUCAAGGCUCUUGGGCACCAGCUUGGACGAUUUGUUUUGGUUUUCAACUGCGAUGAAACAUUCGACUUUCAGGCAAUGGGACGUAUCUUUGUGGGACUUUGUCAAGUAGGUGCAUGGGGCUGCUUUGAUGAGUUCAACAGACUGGAGGAGCGUAUGUUGUCUGCAGUGUCUCAGCAAGUUCAGUGCAUCCAAGAAGCCCUGCGAGAACAUUCCAAUCCAAACUACGAGAGGACUUCUGCACCUAUCACUUGUGAGCUGCUCAACAAACAGGUCAAAGUGAGCCCGGAUAUGGCCAUCUUCAUUACCAUGAAUCCUGGCUAUGCAGGAAGAUCGAAUCUUCCAGACAACUUGAAGAAGCUGUUUCGAAGUUUGGCAAUGACGAAGCCAGAUCGCCAGUUGAUUGCCCAAGUCAUGUUGUAUUCUCAGGGCUUUCGCACGGCUGAAGUACUUGCCAACAAGAUUGUGCCAUUUUUUAAGCUGUGUGAUGAACAAUUAUCUUCUCAAAGCCAUUAUGACUUUGGCCUGAGAGCUCUGAAGAGUGUCUUGGUGAGUGCAGGAAAUGUGAAGAGGGAGAGAAUUCAGAAGAUAAAGCGAGAGAAAGAAGAACGGGGUGAAGUGGUUGAUGAAGGAGAAAUUGCUGAAAAUCUACCAGAGCAAGAGAUCCUAAUCCAGAGUGUUUGUGAGACCAUGGUACCGAAACUCGUCGCAGAAGACAUUCCACUGUUGUUCAGUCUUUUGUCUGAUGUAUUCCCUGGAGUUCAGUAUCAUCGUGGUGAAAUGACUGCUCUGCGAGAGGAACUUAAGAAAGUGUGCCAGGAAAUGUACCUAACCUAUGGUGAUGGAGAAGAAGUUGGUGGGAUGUGGGUUGAGAAGGUUCUUCAGCUCUAUCAGAUCACCCAAAUCAAUCAUGGCUUGAUGAUGGUGGGGCCUUCAGGAAGUGGAAAGAGUAUGGCUUGGCGAGUUCUUCUAAAAGCUCUGGAGAGAUUGGAAGGCGUGGAAGGGGUUGCUCACAUUAUUGAUCCAAAGGCAAUCAGCAAAGAUCACCUGUAUGGUACCCUGGAUCCAAAUACUAGAGAAUGGACAGAUGGCUUGUUCACACAUGUCCUGAGAAAGAUCAUAGACAAUGUUAGAGGUGAAUUGCAGAAGCGGCAGUGGAUCAUCUUUGAUGGAGAUGUAGAUCCUGAAUGGGUUGAAAACUUAAACUCUGUCCUGGAUGACAAUAAACUUCUGACUCUGCCAAAUGGAGAACGUCUCAGCCUUCCACCAAAUGUGCGAAUUAUGUUUGAAGUGCAAGAUUUGAAAUAUGCAACUCUGGCUACAGUUUCAAGAUGUGGGAUGGUCUGGUUUAGCGAAGAUGUUCUGAGUACUGACAUGAUAUUCAAUAAUUUCCUGGCCAGACUGCGAAGUAUUCCCUUGGAUGAGGGUGAAGAUGAAGCACAGCGAAGACGGAAAGGCAAAGAAGAUGAAGGGGAAGAAGCUGCUUCCCCAAUGUUACAGAUCCAGAGGGAUGCAGCGACAAUUAUGCAGCCAUACUUCACUUCCAAUGGACUGGUCACUAAAGCUCUCGAGCACGCCUUCAAGUUGGAGCACAUCAUGGAUCUCACUCGUUUGCGCUGUCUUGGAUCGCUCUUCUCCAUGCUGCAUCAGGCUUGCCGCAACGUAGCCCAGUACAAUUCUAAUCAUCCAGACUUUCCUAUGCAGAUCGAUCAACUAGAACGUUACAUCCAGCGGUACCUAGUUUAUGCAAUACUGUGGUCAUUGUCGGGAGAUAGCCGCCUGAAAAUGAGAGCUGAGCUGGGUGAAUACAUCAGGAGAAUUACUACUGUGCCACUACCAACUGCACCCAAUAUACCCAUAAUUGAUUAUGAGGUUUCUAUUAGUGGAGAAUGGGCACCAUGGCAGUCCAAGGUUCCUCAGAUUGAAGUAGAGACCCACAAAGUUGCUGCUCCCGAUGUUGUUGUGCCAACAUUAGAUACAGUCCGGCAUGAAGCCCUCUUGUAUACCUGGUUAGCAGAACACAAGCCUUUGGUCCUGUGUGGCCCACCAGGUUCUGGAAAGACUAUGACUCUCUUUAGUGCUCUCAGAGCCCUACCUGAUAUGGAGGUUGUUGGGCUUAAUUUUUCAAGUGCUACAACUCCAGAGCUACUCCUAAAAACAUUCGAUCACUAUUGUGAGUACAGGCGAACUCCAAAUGGAGUAGUGUUGGCUCCUGUUCAGCUUGGAAAGUGGCUUGUGCUGUUCUGUGAUGAAAUUAACUUGCCAGAUAUGGAUAAGUACGGCACACAGAGAGUCAUAUCCUUUAUCAGACAGAUGGUAGAACAUGGGGGCUUCUACCGCACGUCAGAUCAGACGUGGGUGAAACUAGAGAGAAUUCAGUUUGUUGGAGCUUGCAAUCCUCCUACUGAUCCUGGUCGAAAACCCCUUUCUCACAGAUUUUUGCGUCACGUACCAGUAGUAUAUGUGGAUUAUCCCGGUCCUGCCUCCCUGACUCAGAUAUAUGGCACAUUCAAUCGUGCAAUGUUGAGGCUAAUUCCAUCACUUCGCACAUAUGCAGAACCUCUUACUGCUGCUAUGGUAGAGUUCUACACAAUGUCUCAGGAGAGAUUCACCCAAGACACCCAGCCUCAUUAUAUCUAUUCUCCACGAGAAAUGACCAGAUGGGUGCGGGGUAUCUUUGAAGCAUUAAGACCUUUAGAGACAUUACCAGUUGAAGGGCUUAUAAGGAUCUGGGCUCAUGAAGCCCUCCGCCUCUUCCAGGACAGACUUGUGGAAGAUGAGGAGAGGCGUUGGACUGAUGAAAAUAUUGAUAUGGUAGCCCUAAAGCAUUUCCCCAACAUUGACAAGGAGAAAGCUAUGAACAGACCCAUCUUGUACAGUAAUUGGCUGUCAAAGGAUUACAUUCCAGUGGAUCAGGAGGAGCUAAGAGACUAUGUAAAAGCCCGGCUGAAAGUCUUCUAUGAAGAAGAACUCGAUGUCCCUCUUGUGCUGUUCAAUGAAGUAUUAGAUCAUGUCCUCAGGAUUGACAGGAUCUUCCGUCAACCUCAAGGCCACUUACUGCUUAUUGGAGUUAGUGGAGCUGGGAAGACUACCCUUUCUCGCUUUGUUGCCUGGAUGAAUGGAUUAAGCGUCUAUCAGAUUAAGGUGCACAGAAAAUAUACUGGUGAAGACUUUGAUGAAGAUCUCAGGACUGUGCUGAGACGUUCUGGCUGUAAAAAUGAAAAGAUAGCAUUCAUAAUGGAUGAGUCAAAUGUACUGGACUCUGGAUUCUUGGAGCGAAUGAACACCCUUCUGGCCAAUGGAGAGGUUCCUGGUCUCUUUGAGGGAGAUGAGUAUGCCACUCUUAUGACUCAAUGUAAAGAAGGAGCACAGAAAGAAGGUUUGAUGUUGGAUUCUCAUGAAGAACUCUAUAAGUGGUUCACCAGCCAAGUUAUUCGUAAUCUCCAUGUUGUGUUUACAAUGAAUCCAUCUUCUGAGGGUCUUAAAGACCGAGCUGCCACUUCUCCUGCCCUCUUCAAUAGGUGUGUGUUGAACUGGUUUGGUGACUGGUCCACAGAAGCACUGUAUCAAGUUGGCAAGGAAUUUACAAGUAAAAUGGACCUGGAAAAGCCAAACUACAUUGUACCGGAUUAUAUGCCUGUUGUCUAUGACAAAUUGCCCCAACCACCAUCACACAGGGAAGCUAUAGUGAAUAGUUGUGUGUUUGUUCAUCAGACUCUCCAUCAGGCCAAUGCUCGUUUGGCCAAACGAGGUGGCAGAACUAUGGCAAUUACACCACGUCAUUAUUUGGACUUCAUCAACCAUUAUGCCAACCUUUUCAACGAGAAGCGGAGUGAACUGGAGGAACAGCAGAUGCAUUUGAACGUUGGCCUUCGGAAAAUCAAGGAAACGGUUGACCAGGUGGAAGAGCUGCGUCGCGACUUGCGAAUAAAGAGCCAGGAGUUGGAAGUAAAGAAUGCAGCGGCUAAUGACAAGCUGAAAAAGAUGGUUAAAGAUCAGCAAGAAGCUGAAAAGAAAAAGGUUAUGAGCCAAGAAAUUCAAGAACAGCUACAUAAGCAACAGGAAGUAAUUGCAGACAAGCAGAUGAGUGUGAAGGAAGAUUUAGACAAAGUUGAGCCUGCUGUCAUUGAGGCUCAGAAUGCUGUAAAAUCAAUAAAGAAGCAACAUCUGGUAGAGGUCCGUUCAAUGGCAAAUCCACCUGCAGCGGUGAAGCUAGCCCUAGAGUCCAUCUGCUUGUUGUUGGGUGAAAGUACAACUGACUGGAAACAGAUACGUUCCAUCAUUAUGAGAGAGAACUUCAUCCCAACUAUUGUAAACUUUUCCGCUGAAGAGAUCAGCGAUGCCAUAAGAGAAAAGAUGAAGAAGAACUAUAUGUCCAAUCCUAGUUACAAUUACGAAAUUGUAAACCGAGCAUCCCUCGCUUGUGGUCCUAUGGUAAAGUGGGCAAUCGCACAGCUCAACUAUGCAGACAUGCUGAAACGAGUAGAACCCUUGCGUAACGAACUGCAGAAGCUGGAAGAUGAUGCCAAAGACAACCAGCAGAAAGCUAAUGAGGUUGAACAGAUGAUCCGUGAUCUUGAGGCUAGCAUCGCUCGUUAUAAGGAAGAAUAUGCUGUAUUGAUAUCCGAAGCCCAAGCAAUUAAAGCUGACCUGGCUGCCGUGGAGGCCAAAGUAAACAGAAGUACUGCUCUCCUGAAGAGUUUGUCUGCAGAGCGUGAAAGAUGGGAGAAAACGAGUGAAACUUUUAAAAAUCAGAUGUCUACAAUUGCAGGAGAUUGUCUGCUCUCAGCUGCAUUUAUUGCUUAUGCUGGUUACUUUGAUCAGCAGAUGCGCCAGAACUUGUUCACUACUUGGUCCCAUCACUUGCAACAAGCAAACAUACAGUUCCGUACAGAUAUUGCAAGAACAGAAUAUCUUUCCAAUGCUGAUGAGCGUCUUCGCUGGCAAGCAAGUUCCUUACCUGCAGAUGAUUUGUGCACAGAAAAUGCAAUCAUGCUUAAACGGUUUAACAGGUACCCACUGAUUAUCGAUCCUUCUGGACAAGCUACAGAAUUCAUUAUGAAUGAGUACAAAGAUCGUAAAAUCACUCGAACCAGCUUUUUGGAUGAUGCCUUCAGAAAGAAUUUAGAAAGUGCAUUGCGGUUUGGUAACCCACUGCUUGUUCAGGACGUGGAAAGCUAUGACCCAGUUUUGAAUCCAGUGCUGAAUCGUGAAGUUCGGAGAACAGGUGGUAGAGUGCUCAUUACCCUUGGAGACCAGGAUAUAGACUUAUCACCAUCAUUUGUCAUUUUCCUGUCGACCAGAGAUCCAACGGUUGAAUUCCCACCUGAUCUCUGCUCCCGGGUUACAUUUGUUAAUUUCACGGUCACCCGCAGCAGCUUACAGAGCCAGUGUCUGAAUGAGGUUUUGAAAGCAGAGAGACCUGAUGUGGAUGAAAAGCGUUCAGAUCUUCUUAAACUUCAAGGUGAAUUUCAGUUGCGUUUGCGUCAGUUAGAAAAAUCUCUGCUACAAGCCCUUAACGAAGUGAAGGGCCGUAUUUUGGAUGAUGACACUAUCAUAACUACUCUGGAGAACCUAAAGAAGGAGGCAGCUGAGGUUACUCGAAAAGUGGAAGAGACUGACAUUGUCAUGCAAGAGGUGGAAACUGUAUCUCAGCAAUAUCUGCCACUUUCCACUGCCUGCAGUAGUAUUUAUUUUACUAUGGAGUCAUUGAAACAGAUACACUUCUUGUACCAAUACUCACUCCAGUUUUUCCUGGAUAUUUAUCACAAUGUCUUGUAUGAGAACCCAAAUUUGAAGGGGAUUACCGAUCAUACCCAGCGCCUUUCUAUCAUCACCAAAGAUCUCUUCCAGGUAGCUUUUAACAGAGUGGCUCGAGGCAUGCUCCAUCAGGAUCACAUAACCUUUGCUAUGCUCUUAGCAAGAAUUAAGCUGAAAGGCACCAUUGGGGAGCCUGCCUAUGAUGCUGAAUUCCAACACUUCUUGAGAGGAAAAGAAAUUGUACUCAGCGCUGGCUCUACCCCAAAAAUUAAUGGCCUGACAGUAGAGCAGACAGAGGGAAUGAUGAGACUGAGCUGCCUUCCAGCCUUUAAAGACUUAAUUGCAAAGGUUCAAGCAGAUGAGCAAUUCUGCAUCUGGUUAGAUAGCAGUUCACCAGAGCAGACUGUGCCAUACCUCUGGAGUGAAGAAAAGCCAGCAACCCCUAUCGGUCAGGCCAUCCAUCGCUUGCUUCUGAUUCAAGCUUUCCGUCCCGAUCGUCUGCUGGCUAUGGCUCAUAUGUUUGUUUCAACCAACCUCGGAGAGUCCUUUAUGUCUAUUAUGGAGCAGCCAUUGGAUUUGACUCACAUUGUGGACACUGAGGUUAAACCAAACACCCCUGUACUCAUGUGCUCUGUGCCUGGUUAUGAUGCCAGUGGCCAUGUUGAAGAUCUUGCGGCUGAACAAAAUACACAGAUUACUUCGAUUGCAAUUGGUUCUGCGGAGGGUUUUAACCAAGCUGACAAGGCAAUUAAUACAGCUGUUAAGUCUGGCAGGUGGGUGAUGCUGAAAAAUGUGCAUCUGGCUCCUGGCUGGUUAAUGCAACUGGAAAAGAAGCUCCAUUCCCUCCAGCCUCAUGCUUGCUUCAGACUCUUCCUGACCAUGGAAAUUAAUCCCAAGGUGCCAGUUAACUUGCUUCGAGCUGGUCGCAUAUUUGUAUUUGAGCCUCCUCCAGGUGUAAAGGCUAACAUGCUGAGGACUUUUAGCAGCAUUCCUGUUUCAAGAAUUUGCAAGUCGCCCAAUGAACGUGCUCGGUUGUAUUUCCUCCUGGCCUGGUUCCAUGCCAUCAUUCAAGAGCGUCUGAGAUAUGCCCCCUUGGGCUGGUCAAAGAAAUAUGAGUUUGGAGAAUCAGAUCUGCGAUCUGCCUGUGACACUGUAGACACGUGGUUGGAUGAUACAGCAAAGGGCCGGCAGAAUAUUUCACCUGAUAAAAUCCCUUGGUCAGCCCUGAAGACUCUGAUGGCUCAGUCCAUUUAUGGAGGUCGUGUUGAUAAUGAAUUUGAUCAGCGUCUUCUCAACACUUUCCUGGAGCGUUUAUUCACUACUAAAAGUUUUGAUAGUGAAUUUAAGCUGGCCUGCAAAGUUGAUGGACAUAAAGACAUACAAAUGCCCGAUGGCAUCAGACGGGAGGAAUUCGUUCAGUGGGUUGAGCUGCUUCCAGAUACUCAGACUCCUUCCUGGCUUGGCUUGCCAAAUAAUGCCGAGAAAGUUCUCCUCACUACUCAGGGCAUUGACAUGAUCAGUAAAAUGCUGAAAAUGCAGAUGCUAGAAGAUGAAGAUGACCUAGCUUAUGCAGAAACUGAGAAGAAAACAAGAACAGAUUCCACUUCAGAUGGACGCCCAGCCUGGAUGAGAACCCUGCACACCACAGCUUCUAACUGGCUGCACCUUAUCCCCCAGACUCUAAAUCAUCUCAAGAGAACUGUGGAAAACAUCAAGGAUCCUUUAUUCAGAUUCUUUGAGAGAGAGGUGAAAAUGGGAGCUAAGUUGCUUCAAGAUGUUCGUCAGGAUCUUGCUGAUGUGGUUCAAGUGUGUGAGGGAAAGAAGAAACAAACCAACUAUUUGCGAACACUUAUAAAUGAACUGGUGAAAGGAAUCUUGCCUCGGAGUUGGUCGCAUUACACCGUGCCUGCUGGUAUGACUGUCAUUCAGUGGGUGUCUGAUUUUAGUGAACGCAUUAAACAACUGCAGAGUAUCUCCCUGGCAGCUGCAUCUGGUGGUGCAAAAGAACUAAAGAACAUACAUGUCUGCUUGGGUGGCUUGUUUGUACCUGAGGCUUAUAUUACUGCCACGAGGCAGUAUGUGGCACAAGCCAACAGCUGGUCUCUUGAGGAGCUUUGCCUUGAAGUCAAUGUUACAACCACACAGAACGCAGUCCUGGAUGCCUGUAGCUUUGGAGUCACAGGUUUGAAGCUCCAGGGUGCCACAUGCAGUAAUAAUAAACUGUCCCUUUCAAAUGCUAUUUCCACAAUCCUGCCUAUUACACAGCUUCGCUGGAUCAAGCAAACAAAUGCAGAGAAAAAGGCCAACGUAGUUACCUUGCCUGUCUACCUGAAUUUCACACGAGCAGACCUGAUCUUCACUGUUGACUUUGAAAUUGCAACAAAGGAAGAUCCUCGCAGUUUCUACGAACGUGGGGUUGCAGUCUUGUGUACCGAGUAAUGAGUCUGUAUUAAAGUGCUCAAAACUUCCUCCUAUAGACUUAACAGUAGGGGUAUGGUUGAAGCUCAGGUGGAUGUGUGAAAAGGAGAGUAGGAGGGUGAGGUGUAUUGAUUGAAGGCUGGAGAAAAGUGAAGACAGAAAAAUGAGAAGGAAAUAGUGUUGUUUCAGGUGGUUAUGGAGGAGCCUUUAGAUGGUAAAACUUUAUGAAAUAAAACUCUUGCAUGCAUGA